UAUUGUUGCAACAGCGGGCGAUGCAAAAUGAAGGGAGGCCCCAUAUACACCUUCUACAAACAAACUUGUUCUUUUCUCUCUCUAUUUCUCGCUCUCAAAAGCGAGACAGAAACAUAGAAUGAGAAAUAAUCGAGUGUGCAAGCCAUAUCAUACCUUUCAGGAGACCAUCACUCUCAAACUGCAACUCCUCGUGAUCAUCAGGUUUUGCGAGGAAUUUUGCUGGUUUAAUCAUGCCGCCAGCUCUCACGGAUCCUCCAUUGUCAGAACCGUCAUCGGUGCUGUCGUCCAGCUCUGACUAUGUCUCUCGAAGAUCCGCGCCGGAGAAUCCGCGUUUCGGAGACCUCAGAGGGUUGCAGUGGCGCAUAAAUCUUGGGGUUUUGCCAUCUUCAUCAACUUCUAUCAAUGAUCUUCGUCGGGCCACCGCUGAAUCUCGAAGGAGGUAUGCUAAUUUGAGAAGGAGCCUCCUGGUUGAUCCACAUACUCCCAAGGAUGGGGGUAGUUCGCCUGAUCUUGUUAUGGACAAUCCACUCUCACAAAAUCCAGAGAGUACAUGGAGUCGCUUUUUUCGUAAUGCGGAGCUGGAGAGGAUGGUCAAUCAGGAUUUGUCACGUUUAUACCCAGAACAUGGCACCUAUUUCCAAACACCAGGAUGUCAAGUCUUGUUAAGACGGAUCUUAUUGCUGUGGUGUGUCAAGCACCCAGAGUGUGGAUAUAGACAAGGUAUGCAUGAAUUACUGGCUCCACUGCUGUAUGUUCUUCAAAUUGAUGUAGAGCAUCUCUCAGAAGUUCGGAAGUUAUAUGAAGAUCACUUCACAGACACAUUUGAUGGUCUUUUGUGUCAAGAGAAUGAUCUUUCUUAUAACUUUGAUUUCAGAAAAUCCCCAGAUUUGUUGAACGAUGAAAUUGGCUCCCCUGGGAGUGCAAUGAAAGUCAAGAAUCUUGAUGAGCUUAAUCCUGAGAUACAGACCAUUGUUUUGCUAAGUGAUGCUUAUGGGGCUGAGGGUGAACUGGGCACUGUGUUGUCUGAGAAAUUUAUGGAACAUGAUGCUUAUUGCAUGUUUGAUGCUUUAAUGAAUGGGACCAAUGGUUCAGUUGCGAUGGCCGAUUUCUUCUCUUUUUCCCCUGCAGCUGGGUCUCAUACUGGCUUACCGCCAGUGAUUGAAGCUUCUACUGCAUUGUACCAUUUGCUGUUCCUGGUGGAUUCAUCUCUGCACAGCCAUCUUGUUGAACUUGGGGUUGAACCCCAGUACUUUGCUCUCCGCUGGUUGCGAGUUUUAUUUGGAAGAGAAUUUUCACUUUACAACCUCUUGAUUAUCUGGGAUGAGAUCUUUGCGUCAGAGAACUGUAAAGUGGAGAAAGGUCCUGAUAAUGAGAGAGACUGUGGAUUUCAGAUCUUGUAUUCCCCUCGUGGGGCAUUUAUAUCUGCACUGGCUGUAGCAAUGUUGCUUCAUUUGAGAUCAUCACUACUCGCUACUGAAAAUCCAACAACCUGUCUUCAGAGACUACUAAACUUCCCUGAGGACGUCAAUAUUAAGAUACUACUUGAGAAGGCUAAAUCCUUGCAGGCUUUUGCAUUGAGCGCUGAAAUUUUGUCUUCAUCACCUUCAUAUGUACAUACAUUCAGUCAAGGUAAAUUGAUGUUUCUGAGAUCUCAGACCCUUCCAUCUGAAUCUGCUUCUCCAAAAACACCUGUGAGCUUGUUACCUGAUAGCUACUGGGAGGAAAAGUGGAGAGUUGUCCACAAGGCUGAAGAACCUAUGCAGCAAAGUGUAGAAAAAGAGGUUCCAACUCAGAAAAAGGGAUGGACUGAAAAGAUAAAGUUCAGUCUGAAGAAAGCAGGGUCUGAAGCUUCUCGUUUGAUGGUUAAGAAAGGUCAAAAGGAAUCAGAGGAAUCUGCCAGGCACAGUUUGAUAAAAGAUCUUUCUAGGGAACUUGGUUUUGAGGAACCUAUAGGAAAAAUGCAAUGCCAUGAAAACUUAUGCCAGCAGGAGAAUCAUUCUGUAGAGACUGAAGAGGAGCAACAAGACGGAAGCCAUGAGGGCAACAAUUACCCUAUCGAGGAUAGAUGUCUAAGUGGAAGUACUGGCAGUGAUGGGAACUUGUCCAUAUUUUCUAUCCCAACUUAUUCUGUUAAUGAGGUCAAUGAUCAUGAUAAUGAGUUAGAUGGUAGUGCCACAUCUCAGUUUUUGCCUGAUGAAUGCCAUGAAAAUUCACACCCUGGUCCAAUUGAAUCACCUCUUCCAAUUUCUGACCCCCCUCCGAACUUGUGUGAUACAUCUGGAUGUAAUAAUGAUACCACAGGAAAUUCACCCUCCACUGUUGGGGAGAGAGAACUGAAUAGAUUUCAGUGGUUAUGGAAGGUUGGUCGGAAUACUGGUGAGGUUACAUCUGAAACAAGUGGUGAUUGUGAGGAUGCAAAAUCUGCCAAUAGUUCUAAUAACCAAAGUAAUACAACAGCCUCUUCCACAGCUAAUGGGCAUUUUAGUUCUGCCGGUUGCAAGGGGGAUUCUGUAGACCAGAAUAUGAUGGGCGCUUUGAGGAAUAUCGGGCAGUCUAUGCUUGACCAUAUUCAGGUAAUCGAGUGUGUUUUUCAACAAGACCGUGGCCAAGUAGCCCCAUUGGAGAAUUCAAAAAAUGCUCUGGUCGACAAAGGGCAGGUUACUGCCAUGACAGCUCUAAAGGAACUUAGAAAGAUCAGCAUUCUUUUGUCAGAGAUGUGAGCCGAAUAUUACAUUAACCUGUACAUACGUUUUGUUUUAACGACUCUUAUUCACAAUAAAAAAGUUACUAGUUUUGA